GUAUUAAAAAAUUUAGUUGUGGAAUUGAGUGGGAGAAUCUGAUACUUUCCUCCUACGUAACAUGGGAAGCAAAUACCCGAACCCGAUUACACCAUCGGAAACCCGAAUCGGAUGGAUCGGCAUCGGCGUUAUGGGCGGUGCCAUGGCCUCACGCCUCAUCACCGCCGGCUACACUCUCACUUUCUACGCUCGCAACCCAACCCAUCCAAACUCCCUUUCCCUCCAAUCUCAAGGCGCCAAACUCGCCGAUUCACCUUCCCAUCUUGCUAACUUAACCGACGUCGUUUUCACCAUGCUAGGUCAUCCCUCCGACGUUAAAUCAAUCCUCCUCGACAAAAACGGCGUCGUUUCAUCUCUAAACCCUAACACCGUAACCGUCGAUACAACGAGUUCACAUCCAGAUCUCGCUAAAGAAAUCGCCGCCGCAGCGAGAACCAAAGACGCUUGGUCUAUCGACGCUCCUGUCUCCGGCGGCGACAUCGGAGCAAGAGAAGGAAAACUAGCUAUCUUCGCCGCCGGAGAAGCCUCGGUAGUAGAAUGGCUACAACCGUUGUUUAGAAUAAUGGGAAAAGCGACCUACAUGGGACCCGCAGGGUGUGGACAGAGCUGCAAGAUAGCGAAUCAGAUAACGAUCGGAGCGAAUUUGAUUGGAAUUAGCGAAGGGUUAGUGUUUGCGAAAAAAGCUGGGAUUGAUUUGGAGCAAUUUGUUGGUGCAAUUAGGAACGGUGCGGCGUCUUCGAAAGCCUUGGAGUUGUUUGGGGAGAGGAUAAUAAAGAGGGAUUUUAGGCCUGGUGGUUUUGCUGAGUAUCAAGUGAAGGAUUUGGGAAUGGGUGUGAAUUUUAUUGAAGAUGGUGGUGAUGGUAAUGUUGUUGUUUUGCCUGGUGCUUCCUUGGCUAAACAGAUUUUUACUGGAAUGGUUGCUAAUGGGGAUGGAAAACUUGGUACUCAAGGUGUUAUCUCUGUUAUUGAUAGGAUUAAUGGAAAUUAAAUUUCAUCACAAUUUAAUAUUGGUAAAGUAUGUGUAUAGUAAUAACUCAUGUUAAAUUUACUUGAUGAAGUGAUGAUAAGUAAUGCCUAGUUAUGCAAACUGUAAAAUUAAUUGAUUUUUCUAGGUUGAAGUAAGUGUGGUUUGUAAGAUUCAUUGGCCUUAUGGGGUUGUGUUGUUGUUAUCUUAUCUAAAAGUUUGUUAAUAUUAAAUCAUCAAUCUUGAAGGGAGUGUUUGGGGAUAUUUUUAUCAAGUUGAAGAAUGAUAAAUGAAGGGUGGACUGGACUAUAUUGUAAAAACAGUGCAGGUCUCACUGCAUUUGCUUUAAUCUGUUUACAAUUUAAUGUUGUUGAUUGAAUUUGCGGACAGCAAGGUGUGUUUUCAGAAUGGAGACGGCGAUGGAAUCAAUGAUAAGGCAGGCAAAAUGAUAUCUGCGGGAAUUUUCGGGAAGACCGAAGACAUCGGCAGGUGAUAACGCGAUGCAGCUGCUGCAUAAUUAUAGAGGUGCAGGUUUUUAUGGGGUUUUUGGCUGCUGAUGUGCAGGUUGUUUUAAGGGAGAGGGUUGCACUUACAUGUGUGCUACUGCUAAAUACUAUUUUUGUCCGGUUGUUUUAAGGGAGUGGAACGGUUAAGGAGCAUGAGACAUGAAAGGAUAGAUGGAUGGCAUGGUGUAAAACCAAAAACUGGGUAUUGGUGUGAAAUGAAUAAUAGAUUAAUUUUCUGGUGCAAAAGGAACUUAUAACUAUAGGUGCAUUGGUUAUAAUCAUGUAAUGCCAUGACUUGACAUCUUUGUUGGGGAGGCUGGGCUUUAGGGCAUGUACUUUUUUCUUUCUUUCUGGCUUCAUCAUUUGGUGUAGGCUUGGAUUUGCUAGUUGGUGUAAUAGAUAAUUGGUGAAUGAUGGAUGGAUACAGUGUUGGUGUUGUUCUGCAUAAUGUAGAAUUGCUGUCUGAUGUUGUAUGUAUGGCAUAACUAAACUAUACAUUGUGCCUUGUGUUAUGCUUUAUUUAUUAAUUAAUAUAAUUAAAUUUUGCUUCA